GCUCCGCCCCGCUCCGCCCCGCCCCGCUUAUAACGCGCACCGCUAAAAAAAAAAACACCCCCAAACAACAAAAUAAUAGUAAUCCCCGCACCGCAUGGCUGCUCCAUGGCUGGGGAGGAAGAGGAGGUGGGUGGGGGAGCGGCUGGCAUGGCGGGAGGGCAGCAGGGCGGUGGUGGUGGUGGUGGUGGCGGCGGCGGCAGCAGCAGUAGCAGCGGCAGCAGCAGCAGCAGCAGCAGCUCCGAUGGUGGUAGCACUUCCAAUGGCAGAGGCACCUCCAGUGGUGGUGGUGGUGGCACCUCCAGUGGCGGUGGCAUCUCCUCUGACAGUGGCACCUCCAGUGGUGGUGGCAUUUCCAAUAGUUGUGGCACCUCCAAUGGUUGUGUUGGUGGUGGCACCUCUGAUGGAAGAGGUGGCGGUGGUGGCAUCUCCAGUGGUGGCAGUGUUGGGGUGUCAAUGAAGAUGGCGUUCCGCCGAGCGUACUCCAUCAAGGACAAGCUGCAUGCCAUUGAGCGGGUAAAGAAAGGAGAGCGGCAAGCUUCGGUGUGCCGGGCUUUUGGGGUGCCGGGGGGAACCCUACGGGGUUGGCUGAAGGACGAAGCCAAGCUGCGUUGGUUCCUUGAGCAGCUGGGUGGAGAGGUGGGCACCCAACGCAAGAAGAUGCGGUUGGCCAAUGAAGAGGAAAUUGACCGCGCUGUCUAUGCGUGGUUCCUCGCACUCCGACAGCAUGGUGUGCCACUCUCUGGGCCUCUCAUCCAAGCUCAAGCAGAAGCCUUUGCCCGUCAGAUCUAUGGCCCCGAGUGUACCUUCAAGGCAAGUCAUGGUUGGUUCUGGCGUUGGCAGAAGCGUCAUGGCAUCUCCAGUCAACGCAUCUAUGGCGAAGGCGCUCCACAGGCUGAACCCGAACGCACUUCCAUUGCCCAUCCCAACCUUCCACCAACACCGGGUUCUGACACUGGAGGUUAUGGGGAUGAACAGAUCUACAACGCCAACGUCACUGGGCUCUACUGGAAGCUGCUCCCCGGGCGGACAGCUCCUCGCCAACGUGUCACUGUGCUCUUGGCUGCCAACUUGACUGGUACCCACAAACUGAAGCCAUUGGUGGUCGGAGGUCUUCGUGAUCCCCCCAGCCUCUGUCAUCACAACCAGGAGAAAUUCCCCGCGGGGUAUCGCUACAGCCCUGAAGCUAGAUUGGGGCCAGCCCUUCUCCAGGUUUGGUUUUUUGAGGAUUUUGUGCCGUGUGUCAAACGCUACCUACGUCGGAGCUGCCUCCAGCAGAAGGCUGUGCUGCUUCUCACCUCCCCACCAUCAUCUGGGGGUUGUCAUGAGGAUCUCCCCCAUCUUCAGACCCCCGAUGGCUCCAUCCGUGCUCUUUUCCUCUCCAAAAGCCCAAGUGGGAGCAGUUCCACUGGAGGAGGCAGCCGAAUCCCGGCCCCAUUGGAACAAGGAGUGGUGUCAGCCUUCAAGCAGCUCUACAAGCGGGAACUGCUGCGCUUGGCCAUCAGCGCUGGUGGCCCUGUGGAUUUUGCACGUUCCUUCCUCCUCAAGGACAUGCUCUAUUUGGCUGGCCUCUCUUGGGACCUCAUCCCUCCCAAUGCCAUUGAGAAAUGUUGGUUGUUGGGACUGCGUGCGGCCUUCGAGCCCCAACCCAGGGAGGAAGAGCGAGGAGGAGGAGGAGAUUGUGCAACCGGAGAGGAAGGCAAUGGAGACAGCAAAGUUUUCAGCGAUUUGACCCAGCUGGCUGCAUUGGCCUACAAACGUUUGGCUCCCGAGGAGGUGGCCAACUGGCUGCACUUGGAUGAUAUGGUCCCAGGGACAGGGGAGGAUGAUGAGGAUGAGGACGCCAUGGAGGAAGGCCCUGGAGGAUGCAAGGAGGAAGAGGAAGGAGCUGGUGGAGGGGGUAAUGGGGCUGGAGAAGAGGGAUCCCCGUUGAUGCCCACGGCCCAUGAAGCCAUCAGAGGUCUGGAGACAGCAUUGCGUUGGUUGGAGGGCCAGGACCCCCGGCGAGUGGGACCACUGAAGUUGGUGCAGCUCCGUUCCCUCAUCAGCAUGGCCCAGAGGCUGCACCAUGGCAGUAGCCCCGAUCCCUAGAGAAAGGUGGUUGGUCACCCAUCGGCUACUGAGCACCUUGUGUCUUUGGGAUGCUUAUGGGACUCUUGGGAUGCUUAUGGGGCCGGGGACACCCAUGGGUUUUGAGACACUCAUUGGGUUGGGGAUGUCCCACUGGGACUGGGGGCACCCAUGGGGCUGGGGACACCAAUGGGGCUGCAGAAACCCAUGGAGCUGGGGAUACCCUCAUUGUUCCAUGGGGCUGGGGACCCCUGUGGGGCUUGGGACACUCAUACGGCUGCAGACACCCAUGGAGCUGGGGAUACCCUCAUUGUUCCAUGGGGCUGGGGACCCCUGUGGGGCUUGGGACACUCAUAGGGCUGCAGACACCCAUGGAGCUGGGGAUACCCUCAUUGUUCCAUGGGGCUGGGGACCCCUGUGGGGCUUGGGACACUCAUAGGGCUGCAGACACCCAUGGAGCUUGGGACCCCCAUGGGACUAAGGACACAUAGUGAUUGUCCCAUGGGGGCUUGGGACAUCCAUGGGACUGGGGACACCCUGUUUGUCCUAUGGGUUGUAAAUGGAGGUCCCAACAAUGGAGAGUCAACAAUUUAGGGCUAAUGGGAUUGGGUUUUUUUGUGUGUGACACCCUCCAUACGUUGCAUAACCGAGGGUCGGUUGUAUUUAGGAGGUGCUAUUUUGUAAUCCCAGGAUGGUCUCUGGGAGAUGAGAUGAGUGCCCUCUGCCAACUCCACAGGGAAAUGGAGUCACAUUGGGACACUGGGGCAAACUGCUGCAUUUCCAUUUCCUGGGGUGCUUUCCUAAAGGGGUUGGUGGUACCCUUCCUGCUGCCAAAGUGUUUUCCUGCCAAAACAGGGAGAUAUGAAUUAAGCAGCUCUUUUAUCAACCUGAUUUUGUUUAAAUUUGAGCCUAAGUAUUGUAAGAAAGGGGGAAAAAAAUCACUAGAGCUAACUUGUGGGGUGGGUGUUUUUACUUGUUGUCUUUGCCUCCUAAUUUCAGAGUUUAUGAAGAUUAAAAGGAUUUUUAUUCCUGCUC